AAUUAAAUCUUGACCUUUAACUAUGUCUACAAGACAUUGGCCUUUUUGGACCUGAGCAAAACAAAAACAAAAAAAAAGCCCCAAUUUCUCUGGAUUUUCCUAACGUGUCAUGCAACUUCCUCAAAGUGCUGAUUCAUUCAAAAAAAAAAAGCUUCCCUUUUCCUGCAUGGCCAGUAUUCCUGCUUCAGUCCUCCAUGCAGCAGGUCAUCAGCGUGUGGGUUCGAGACCCGCGCAUCCAAAAGAAUGAUUUUUGGCACGCUUACAUGGACUAUGAAAUUUGCUUACAUACAGAUAGCGUGUUCUUCACCAAGAAGAUGUCGCGAGUGCGAAGGAGGUUCAGCGAGUUUGUGUGGCUCCGACAAAGGCUGCAAGCAAACUCCAUGCUGAUGGCGCAAGUACCGCAGCUGCCCCCGAAGAACCCCUUCUUUAGCCUGAACAAUGCACAGCAGAUCUCUGAACGCAUGGCAGGCCUCCAGAGGUUCUUGGAACAGAUCCUUCAAAGCCCUCAGCUGCUGUCCGACAGCUGCCUGCACCUUUUCCUGCAGUCGGAGCUCAGCAUGGCCAAGAUGGAGGCCUGCGCCGAAGGACGGACCCGCUACUCGGUGGCCCAGGCGGUGCAGUGCUGCGGCAUCAGGAGGUUUCUAUCCCAAGAGGCCUUGCAGAAGGACUCAAACAUUUCCGGUGACUCUGAUUCAGACAGCUCCGAGUGCAGAGGUUCAGAGAGCCAGUUUAAAGAAGAUUUGGCGUUGAAGCAAACCUCUCCUGAUCAUUUGGGAACCGAGCAGGAACAAAGGGUCUGCUCGUCCCUAGAUUCUGCGUGACAUCAUCAUCGUCACUCAUAGUAACACUGGGAGUCAAAGAACAAAGUGAACCGUUAUCAUAUGCAAUUUCUUAAAACCGUUUCUUUUGAUGAUGCCGAUAUUCAUGGUCAGAGCAUGUCAAGUAUAAAAGGUAAUCAUUCUCAACUGUUACUGUGCUCAUGUAAAAUUAUGCUGGCAGAAAAAAAGUGCCAGAAGGUGGCAGUGUGGUAACACCCAUCUGUAGAACGCACAUACACAUCCUGUGAAUGUGCAGCACGUUGUCUAUGUUUACUUCACAAACAAAUGUAUCACAUAUCACGGUAAUUUCAGUGGACUGACUUCCUGAUAUGUCAACACGCAUCUCACAGUGACUGCUUUUAUUAAUAAGCUGUGACAUGCUUCUCAAGUGACCGGAGCGGAGUUUUAAGACAGGUGUGGUCUGGCCCCUGCCUUCGAGGUCCUUUGGGAAGGCAGGUGCGCCCUCCUCCCUGUAGGAUAACUUGCCAGCUUCACUGUUUUUAUUUGCAUUUGCAUAAGCCCCCGCGGCCCAUGCCGACACUCUCUGCGUAUGCUGCUCCUACAUUUGGAGCGACUGUAUGCAGGCGCUCCCACAGAGAGCAGCGGUGUGCUCAUGCAGAGGUAAUGAACACUAAACAGGUUCAGGCUGGCGUGACAUGCAGUAUCUGCACAGCUAAUUAGAUCAGCUCUGUGCUCAUUAUAGAUUCCGAGCAGACACAAAGAACGUGGUAAGAAAUUGAAAGGAGGGGGAUAGGGGAUUGUCAUCACCUUAGAACAUGGCGGACAGGAGAGGAGCCCUCAAACUUAAAUUGGCCCAAGGAUGUGUGAAGAUAUGUGGCAGGAAAGUCUGCUCAUGCGCAUCCGCUUAUGAUAAUGUUUCCUGUGCGAGGGGAAAGUAUUACAAUGGAGAUUUGAAAUAUAUAUUCUGCGCACACAUUUGCAGGUAAUGAAUGAACAGACUUCUUUUUGUUGUAUUUUUUUGUCCCCAUGCCUUGGAGUGAAUUACCCUAUUUUUAUUGCAAAUGUAGGUGAGGAUUAUUUAUCCAAACCGUGUUGUUGUCAUUUAAUAUGUACAUAGGAUUGAUCUAUUUCAUCAAAUAAAAUGAUCAUUUGAGUCACUCUACAAUGAAAA